ACUGUUUUUGCCUUUGCUGGUUUGUGUUUUGUUUCGGUUUUUAUCCUUGCCUCCUCUCUGGUUUGGCGGGUCCCUCCCAAUCCUUAGCACAAAAUGUCAUGCAUUUUGAUGCGUGGUCGAGAAAAAGGUUGGAUGAGCAUACACUAAAAAGUUAGCUCUCAAGUUCCUACAAUCAAAGUACACUUGACAGUGGUUGUUCGUGGGAGGGUCCCGAUUCCAUACCCCGGGCAUGUUUGGUUCACAGCCACACAUUGCUCAACUUUCCCACAAAUGCAGCAACUGUUUGUUUCACUGCCAAAUACAUGAUUUAACAGAUAUGCACACAAUCUACGAGAUGUAGCUUUGACAAUUGUAUUCAUAUGAAUAUGUUAGUAAAACAAUUUAAAAUGCAUUAAUAAAAAUAGUUUCAGGACAAAUCUGAUGGUACCAUUUUUUGAACAAUCAAAAUAAUUCUUUUACAUAUCAUUAAUCAAAAGUUAUGGAAAUUUGACUGCUCGCUUUUUAGAAUAUCAGGUACUUAAGAAUGGAGCUAGUGGUAGACUGACUCAAAACAGUAAGUCAAGUCAAGAGACAUGUUUGAGAUAAGGAGAUGGUUCCUUCCUGCCUCAAAUGUCACUGUGACUUCCAAAAAAAUAUCACUUCUUUCACUCUCACUUGUGUUUAUUCUGUUUUGUUUGCAACUGGUUGUCAGUUCAUCAAGCCUCCCCGCUCUCUCUCUCUCUCUCUCUCUCAUAAUUGAGCACAUCUCCAUUGGUCUCUUGUUGCCACUCUGAGUUAGCUAGUUUAUUCUGCAAUUUUUGUGCCCAUGGCAACAAGCAUACUGCUCGCCCCUCUCAUUUCCAUGGUGAACCGGAAGGUGUCCAGUUAUCUUGUUCGGCAAUACCAGGAGAUGGAUGGUAUGGAAGAGCAGCUCGCAGUUCUGGAGCGCAAGCUGCCAGCCAUAUUGGACGUCAUAACUGACGCGGAGGAGCAGGGGACUCACCGACCUGGGGUGAGUGCUUGGCUCAAAGCACUCAAGGCUGUUGCGUACAAAGCUAACGAUGUUUUCGAUGAGUUCAAGUAUGAAGCGCUCCGCCGUGAAGCGAAGAGGAAGGGGCAAGACAACAAAUUCAGCACUGAUGCAGUAAUGCUCCGCCCGGCUCACAGCCCUAUUCUGUUUCGUUACAGGAUGGGCAAGAAGCUGCGCAAGAUUGUGCAUACCAUUGAGGUUCUCGUUGCUGAGAUGAAUGCCUUUGGGUUCAAAUAUCGACAAGAAAUGCCAGCGUCCAAGCAGUGGCGACAGACAGAUUCGAUCAUCAUUGACUCUGAGAAUAUUAUCAGCAGAGAGGCAGAGAAGUGGAAGAUUGUUGACAUGUUGCUUGCCCAUUCUACAAACAAGGACGUAUUGGUCCUUCCAGUUGUUGGAAUGGGUGGUUUGGGGAAGACCACUUUUGCACAGAUCAUUUACAAUGAUCCUGAUAUCCAAAAGAAUUUCCAGCUCCGGAAGUGGGUGUGUGUUUUGGAUGAUUUUGAUGUUACAGCCAUUGCUAAUAAGAUCAGUAUGUCAACCGAGAAAGACAGUGAAAGUGCACUGGAGAAGCUUCAGCAAGAAAUCAGUGGAAGGAGGUACCUCCUUGUCUUGGAUGAUGUAUGGAAUCGCGAUACUGAUAAGUGGGCAAAGCUAAAAUACUGUCUUCAACAGUGUGGUGGUUCUGGGAGUGCAAUAUUGAUGACAACUCGUGAUGAAAGAGUAGCUCAAAUCAUGGGAACAGCUCAGGCCCAUCAAUUGGUAAAGAUGGACAAAAAAGAUUUGCUUGCAAUAUUUGAGAAAAGAGCAUUUGGAUUGAAUGAACAAAAGCCUGAUGAGCUGGUUCAGAUUGGCAAGGAGAUCGUGGACAGGUGCCAUGGGUCCCCUUUAGCCGCAAAAGCAUUGGGAUCUAUGUUAAGCAACCAAAAAAGCGUGGAAGAGUGGGGAGCUGUGUUAAAAAAAAGCAGUAUAUGUGAUGAGGAGAGUGGGAUUUUACCUAUACUCAAGCUCAGCUACAAUGAUUUACCUGCACACAUGAAGCAAUGCUUUGCCUUUUGUGCCGUCUUUCCAAAAAAUUAUGUGAUUAAUGUGGAAAAACUGAUACAGUUAUGGAUGGCAAAUGACUUCAUUCCAUCAGAAGAUGCAAUCCGUCCAGAAACAAAAGGUAAACAAAUAUUCAAUGAGCUUGUCUCAAGGUCAUUCUUUCAAGAUGUAAACCAGGAUGGAAGUGGAAACAACUAUAUGACCACAUGUACUGUCCAUGAUCUUAUGCAUGAUGUUGCACUGUCUGUGAUGGGAAAAGAAUGUGUUACUAUAGAGGAGAGGCUGAACUAUAUGGAGAUUUUGCCAUACACUGUUCGCCAUUUGUUCUUAUCAUCCCAUGGUCCUGGAACCUUCUUGAGUGCUACACUGAAGGAAACAUGUUCAGGUAUCCAGACAAUGUUGGGCAGUAUUGAUGCUAGUAAUUCCGUACGACAUUUAUCAAAAUGCACUUCUCUUCGAGCACUGCAGCUCUGUUACUACAGGUCGAGUGGGCUUCCAUUUGUACCAAAGCACCUGAAGCACCUCAGGUAUCUCGACCUCUCCGGCAAUUGUCAUAUCAAAGCACUUCCUGAAGAAAUCUGCAUCAUGUAUAACCUACAGACGUUGAACCUUUCUGGAUGUGAAAGUCUUAGUGGACUUCCAAAGGAUAUGAAGUACAUGACUGGCCUUCGGCACCUAUAUACUGAUGGAUGUCUGUCCUUAAAGUGCAUGCCUCCAAAUCUUGGAUGGUUAACUUCCCUACAGACGCUGACAUAUUUUGUUGUAGGCUGUAGCUCUGGCUGUAGUAGCAUUGGAGAACUGAGGCACAUGAACCUUCGAGGUCAGCUACAGCUAUGCCAUUUAGAAAAUGUAACAGAAGCAGAUAUAACAAUGGGUAACCAUGGGGGUAAAAAGGACCUCACUCAGCUAUCUUUUGCAUGGAAGAAUGAUUGCAGUGAGGUCGAUUUUCAUGAAAAGGUGCUAGAUGCUUUUACUCCUAACCGCGGUCUUCAGAUUUUACUGGUGGAUUCCUAUAGAAGCAUUAGGUUUCCAACUUGGAUGACAAACCUGAGUGUGAUGCAAGAUCUAGUCAAGUUGAGCCUAGUCAGUUGCACAAUGUGUGACAGACUUCCCCAGCUGUGGCAAUUGCCAGCUCUUCAGGUUCUUUAUUUGGAAAGGAUGGAUAGGUUGCACUGCCUAUGCAUCGGUGAUGGAGGCACUUUAACAUCCUCAACAUUUCCGAAAUUGAGGGAGCUUGUGUUACUUGAUUUGAAGAUUUUGAAUGGAUGGUGGGAAGUAAAAGGAAGACAUGGACACCAAUUGUUGUUUCCCCUUCUAGAGGAACUAUCAAUUGGGAGAUGCAAUAAGCUGACAAACUUACCAGAACCACCAAUGCUUGGACAAUCUUCUAGCUGCAAUGAUAAUAUGGCUCGCUCAGCAUUUCCAGCAUUAAAGAAACUCAUGUUACAUGGCUUGAAGAGUUUGAGCAAAUGGGGAAAAAAAGAAGAAAUAUGUGGAGAACAAUCAACAUUUCCGCUGCUUGAGGAGGCCAAUAUUAUAGAUUGUCCAGAGCUAUCAACUCUACCUGAAGCACCAAGGCUUAGAGUAUUAGCGUUUCCAGAAGAUAGGCCACUGAUUUGGUUAUCCAUGGCCAGAUAUAUGACUGCAUUUUCCAAUGCAAGAUUGAAAAUCGCACCUUACUCUCCCUCGCACGUUCAAUGUUCAAUUCAACAGGUAGAUGGCAAGGGGAAAUGGAACCAUAGAUCUUCUCAUUCAACUAUGGAGCUAUGUGGAAGCUAUUUCUUCCACACAAGCUGGAAAUAUUUUGUAAACCUUAGCUAUCUGGAAAUCAUUUCUUGUGAUGAGCUUAUGUACUGGCCAUUAAAAGAGCUCCAAUGCUUGGUAUCCUUGAACAGAUUAACAGUUCAUUGUUGCAAUAAUCUUAUUGGAUCUGCAAAGAUUCUUGAAGAAUUAGUAUCCGAAGGAAAUCAGCUCCUACCAUGUCUUGAAUUUUUGAAAAUAAAAAGUUGUCCAAACUUGGUUGAGAUUUUCAGCCUUCCUCCAUCAUUGAAGGAACUAUAUAUUGAGAGAUGCAGUAAGCUUGAGUCAUAUGGGGUAAGCAGAGUACUGAAAGUCAGAGUUUUUAUGUUGAACACCCAGAUGACUUGACAUUAUCAGACUCCUGUAGUGGCCUUAGUGCCUCUGCAAUUGAACACGAUCCCUCGUCUCUGGCAAGGAAUCAUUCUCUACCAUGCCUGGAAUCUCUAACACUAAUAAGUUGUCAAAGUUUGGUAGAGCUUCUCGAUUUUCCCUUGUAUCUCAAGGAAGCACACAUUUGGAGUUGCCCUAAGCUUGAGUUUAUAUGGGGAAAGCUGGAUAAACAAAUAAGGAGCCAGUAUUUUGAACAGCAGAACAACCUGGAAUUGUCAGAAUAUUACAGUAAAUUUACUGCAUUCACAACUGUACCAGGUUCAUUGCCAUCAACAGUGAAUCGUCCCCUACCAUGUUUAGAAUAUCUUUGGAUAGCAUAUUGUGAAGGAUUGCUAGAAAUUAUUGAUCUCCCAUCAUCUGUGAGGACAAUAAUUAUCACGGACUGCCCUAAACUUGAGGUCCUGUCAGGGCAACUUCAUAAACUUGGCCAUCUUGAUAUUCGAUUCUGUGACCAGUUGAGGUUAAUAGAGUCAAUUCAGGGAGACUUCUCAUCACUGGAAACCGUCUCUGUUGUUGGCUGUGAGAGUUUGAAAUGCUUACCCAGUAAGGGCUCACACACAUAGGGAUUUUUCUGUGAAGCUGGGUGUGUGUGAAACAGCAUAUUUACCUCAGAGAUGUAAGGAGAUAUGUUCUCACAGCUGCCUUGUCCCUAAGAUUGACUCCAGAUAUGGAGUUUGGUUUGUACAAACAUCAUAUCUUGAAGAACGGAGUCCAUGUUUAUGGUCUUAGAUGCUGGAGAGAGAAUUUUAUGAACAUGCUAUUUGCACCAGUCGUGAGUUGGUAUCUUCGAAGCUCUAGAUUCUGCAAGGAGAUAUCAUGAGAACUACUAAGGGAGAAUUGUUUUUGUAAUCGAGUAAGAAAGCUAUACAGGACCACGUCAUGCAUAACUGAAGGUGUCCAGCCGUGUCUGUAUUAACUGCAGACCGUCUACAGAACAGAAGAGAAAAGAAGAGCAAACGCAGAAUUGCAUCCCACUUUGUUUGGUUGUUAUUACCACUGAUUAACUGCCAUUUGUGGUUGUUCUAGAGCAAAUAUAUGUAAUCGGAAUAAAUUAGAUUACCAAGUCGUGCCUGUUAUCGGGAGAAAUUUAUAAGCAAAAGCAGCUCAUGCUGAAAUAUGCUUCAGGUUUCCCUUUAAUAGUUCUAAAACCGGGGAGAAAUGUGGUGGUCAUCCUCUAUGGGUGAAAUAUAAGAGGCUGUGUGCCCUGCAGAUUAUUCCUCUGAACAAAUCGUCCUGCUGCAUGUGGAGAGAAGUUGAAAAGUGAUGAGCGCCACAAACUGGUCACACAUAUCGCUCUCGCGUCCACAUCAGGUGCGGAAGUUGAUUAAUCUAAGUUACCAAUACAAGUUUGCUCCUCAGCUGCCCAUUGCUGACUGGCGAGGGAAGAUCAAAAGGAAGAGCAGGAGGCAGAUCUGACCUUAUAAUCUCUGUUUGUGUUGGCGAUUCCAGCUUAUUUUUUCGUCCUGCGCCGGUCCCUUGUGACCAGGUACUGUAAUUUUUGAAGCGAUCAGUUCAACACGUAGCGCCAACGGUAACUAUGCUGGCAGGCGGAGUUACCCGUCUCUUUGGCAACAGAACUCAGGCACAACUGGCUGUUGUUAAAAAGAGUUAGUACUCGAGAAAGGUUAAGACUGUUUCUAGCUUGGUAGAAGGAGUAAACCCUUUUGGGGUUUUACCCCAUUUGCUUGCGCGCUUGGUACUACAGUAAUAGUAAACUGAUGAUGAUGGCGAUGAUGGACGCGAAAGCAGCAGUCUGUGAAGUUAACAGAGAACUAGGUUUCUCUCCUGUAACUGGUUGUGCACAGCAGCAUCCUUGCGUUCAGAGAACUAGGUUUGGCAACAGAGGAAAAAAAAUUAUAAGUUGUCCGUGCCUUGUGAUUUGUGAAGGUGAAAUCAGCGGAAUGCGUUUAGCAUCCGAGACAUGAUGUAAGUUUUGGUGAUGUCUGUGCAUGAAUCACUCGUUGUGUGGCA